UCUUAUGAUAGAAGCAUGGGGCGGCCGAGGGACGAGCGCGGUCGACACGGGUGGCCGGUGAGUAGGAGCGGCAAAACGGCAGCAACGACGGCAGCCGGCGGCGAGGGGAGCUUGCAGUGGUUCGUGAGCAGUGGGAAGGAGAGAAAAAUCAUGGCCGUGGAGUCUCUGCUGAAGGUAGAAGAAAGGAAAAAAGGAGGGGCAGGAAAAAGGAUAAGGAUAGGAAGGGGCGGUUGUGCGAGGCCCAUCACAUACACACGUCUUGCUCGGGGGUUGUUUUCGUGGACGUUGGGGCCAGCGUGGCGCGCGAACCGGCCGAACGUUCGGCCGGUGCCUCGGCCCCAAACGUUUACCUUCUUCUUAUGUCUGUUGGUAUCAAUUAGUUCGUCACUUCAUCAUCGGGCCAUCAGUCAUCACUACAGAUGGAGCAAGGAGGAGCAUUCAGCUGUACUUUCCACAGCCACUGAUUCCACCGCGCAGGAAUUGUCAGAAUGGAAUGCGAAAUACUGGGACAAGUUUGGGUUUGUCUUCAUGAUAUGCGCGUCCAAGAGGACCGCUCCUGAGGUCUUAGCCGAGCUUAAGUUCUGCAUAUGUCCAUUCGAGUAGUUGAUUUCUGUAAUUGACGACGUGUAUGCCUGUUUGGGUUGUCAUCUCAACAAUCCUUCCAACAGUAUUUGGGAAUCCUCGCCUUAAAUUCCAAUGUGUGGUUUCUGUAAUCGAUCGUGUAUGCCUGUUUGGAAAAUCUCAACAAUCCUUGCAGCAGUAA